CGAUACAGCUGGCCCAGUGACGCGGGCGCAGCCGCCGCCGCCGCCACGACCGCCGCGUUCUAUUCUCCUCAGCCGGCGACAGCCUUGCCUCCUGCCUCCCGCCUCCUCCUCCUCCUCCUCCCGCCGCGCCAGCCAGACCGGCACGCUGGGCCUCGCUUAGAACCCGGAGGGCUGCGGGCGCGCGCAGGCGGCGGAGCAGAUCCCGGCGCCGCGGAGGCUGCGAGCGCCCCCCUCCCGGAGGUCGCCGCGCUGUUCCCCGGGUGAGUCUACCCCUGGCUGACUUGAGAAUUCUUACUUCUGGCUUUUAAAUUUUUUCUUUUUAAAAUAACUUGGACGGAUAAAAGAUGUGCCAUGGCAGGAUAGCACCAAAGAGCACCUCAGCGUUUGCCGUGGCCUCCGUGGGACAUGGAGUGUUCCUUCCACUGGUGAUCCUUAGCACCCUCCUUGGAGACGGACUUGCCUCAGUGUGUUCCCUGCCCCCGGAACCAGAGAAUGGUGGCUACAUCUGUCACCCCCGGCCCUGCAGAGACCCCUUGAACGCAGGCAGUGUCAUCGAGUACCUGUGUGCUGAAGGCUACAUGUUGAAGGGUGAUUACAAAUACCUGACGUGUAAGAAUGGAGAAUGGAAACCAGCCAUGGAGAUUAGCUGCCAUCUCAACGAGGAUAAAGAUGCCCACACGUCACUCGGUGUCCCCACGCUCUCCAUAGUGGCUUCCACUGCCAGCUCUGUGGCGCUCAUUCUCCUCCUUGUGGUGCUGUUUGUGCUGCUGCAACCAAAGCUGAAGUCUUUCCAUCACAGUAGGCGUGACCAGGGGGUAUCUGGGGACCAGGUCUCCAUCAUGGUGGAUGGGGUCCAGGUUGCAUUACCAUCAUAUGAAGAGGCUGUGUAUGGCAGUUCUGGUCACUGUGUGCCGCCUGCUGACCCCAGAGUGCAGAUUGUGCUGUCAGAAGGGUCUGGGCCCAGUGGGAGGAACGGGCCAAGGGAGCAGCAGCUGCAGGACCAGGGAGCUGGCUCCUCUGCAGGUGGAGAGGAGGAGGCCCCGGGCCAGUCUGGACUGUGUGAAGCCUGGGGCUCUCGGGGCUCAGAGACUGUGAUGGUGCAUCAGGCAACCACCUCUUCCUGGGUGGCCGGUUCAGGGAACAGUCGACUGGCACACAAAGAAGCCCCAGACUCAGAGAACAGUGACAUACAAAGCCUUUUAUCCCUAACGUCGGAGGACUACACAGAUGAUAUCCCACUGUUGAAAGAAGCAUGAGGUCUGCCACUAGCCUCUCUCCUCUGCGAUGGUCCUCUCUGUCCUUCCUCCCUCUCCCUGUGGGUUUGAGCACCCUGUACUCCAGCCACCCUACCCGGAUACCUGAGCUGCCACCUGUGUAUCUGUGUAUUUCUGUAUCUCUGAGGGCCUGCAGGCCCACCUCGCUGGAAACUCAAGGAAGAUUCUCGCCAUCUGCCUGCUGGACAGCUGGAGGAGCUGGCUUUUUGCCUAGCGCUGCCUCCCCAUCUAUGUCGGGGACAUAUGUGAAUGUGCUGGAUUGAACCCUUCCUUUCCUUGAGCCCUCUGGGUCCCCUCCAGCUAGCUCUUUGGCGGCUGGAGUUUACUUGUGCCUUCCCCCCACCUCGUCCACUUUCCCUGUCACACAGGCUUGUUGCUGUCCUACAAGCUGUAGUGGCUGCACUGCUGCCCCUGCCCCCUAGGGCUGGGCUUGGGUCUGGCCUAUUUCCUUUGAGGGCUGGCAUUGCUGUCCUUACUUAGCAGGAGCAGAUCCAAGAGUGCCUCGAAGUGGGGCGAGAAUGUGGGUCCCUGCGCCUGCCCUUGGUUGACACCAGUGCCACAUUUCCUUGGCUGAGAAUGGAGGACGUGGAAAACCAUGCCAAAGCCAUCCCAGCACCUGUCCCUAGCUCGGAGGUGCCGGCUCCUGGCCCCUCUCGGUUGAGUUUCCAGGAAGCAUCCAGAAGAUCCCAAGGGAAGGAAGGAAGGUGAUCAUUAAUGAUUGUCUUCCUGAUCUGCAAGUUCUCACUUUCUACUUCCAGCAUCCGCUUUCCUGGCCUCGGUUUUUCUGUUUCCCCGGAGUGUAAGGGGAAGUUGCAUGCUGCCUUUUGGGUUUGAUCCUAGGCAGCUCUGGCUUCCUUGCUGCCCACGGAGGCCUGAGGUGAAUCAUCCCUGGGACAGGAGAGUUGCUGAGAUGCCACAGAAUGCCCAUCUGGUCACUGGCAAUUGGGGCAAGUUGCCCCAUUUUGGGUUCUUGGUGAUGGAAGGGAGCCUCAGAGUCAUAGGCCGAGUCCCCAGGCAGCUGCAGGCAGCUCCAGCCCUGGUCCUGAGGGUCCUCCUCACCACAGUCACGUGCCUUAGUAACUGUGCCAGGAAGCGUCCUGCUGCUUGCUGCGCUGCUGCUUUUCCUACUCCCGCCCCCACCCCCUGCACCCCUGCACAGCUGGCAGCCACUCCCUGGGCUUCCCUGCACCCUGGGGGAGGGACGGAGAGACCGUCCGAUACACCCCUGCCUUGUUGGCCUGCGGUGGGUGAAUGGUUGUGAAGCAGCCUGGCUUCAGGGCCCUAGUGUUGAAGGAGUGGGCUCAGCGCUCCAGAUGAUUCUGCUGGGGCCUCUCCCUCAGCCACGUGUUGGAUGCUGAUGAGGCUGGGGUCGUAGAGCUCCCCCGGGCUGCUGCCAUCUUCAAAAGCCGUGGCAUUAAGGAAUGCUUGUUUUUGUUUUGUUUUGAAGCACUAGGGCUGGGAAGCUUCAAAGCUGACCCUGUGCUGCACCUCUGCGCCUCCCCCGAGCCUCUCUGUGUGGGGUGGUAAAAAUAAUAAAGAGCCCAGUCUGUUUUCAGUCCCUGACCCCACAGCAUAGCUCCAGCUGUGGGUGGCCUCGAAGACGAGGGGAGUGGCUAUCUCUCAGCCUCCUGCCUCCGCUCUCACACACGCACUUUACUACCCGCUCAUUCCCAGGCCUCUUGCCACCACUUGUAGUCUUCCUUCCUCUCAGGUAGGGGCAGUGCUUGCUGUGCCUGUUGGCCACUCCCGCGUCUCUCCCCUUCACCCUGGAGCCCUCGCAUGCUGUGCCCAAAACCCAGGCCAGCGUGGUUCGAUUGGGAACAGGUUGGCAAAGGUGCUAGAAUGAGAACGCAGAGGAAGAUGAAAUGGACCAGGAGCCUGUCCUUGGCCUCAGGAGAAACUAUUUCCAGAGAUGUGCCUGCCAGCAGUUGGCUGGCACUAGGCCUGUCUGGAGGCGGGGGUCCCCACAACCCUCAGCUGCCUCGCUCAUGGGAACCCUAGUCUUCCUCCGAAGAAGAAAGCAGGGCAAGUAGAGAGGGUCCAAAGUCUGCCUGCCGCUCGCAUUUCCCAAUCUUCCAAAACCUGAACUUUUGAAUAUUUUAAAAAUGGAAGAUCUUAUCCUUUCUUAUGUCAUUACUCUGGGUUUUUUCCCCCUGAGAUUGCACUUUUUAUUUUGGGUUUAUUCAGCCACAUAGGUGACUGGCUUGGCCCUUGAAAAAAUGAAAAGCCUUCUUUCACCUCACCUACCCUUAGCACCAUCCUGGAGAUUAUGAGCCCAUACUUCCCUACCUGGUAGGAAGGAAAGAAGCCAGGAUAAAUGGGAACCUCCCCUCCCCUCCCCCGCCUCCCUUGUCACUGGCUUUGAUGAGGCCUACCUCCCCGAGGCCCCUGGGCCUGUGGGUGCAGGAGCCAGGCCUUGCAUUGCUGCUGACAUCUAUGAUGGCUUCUUCCAGCAGUUGGUUCUCUUCCCUGAAGCAGUUUCUUAGCCGUCAGCCACGUGCUGCUGUUUCUAGGGCUUUUGGGCUUUGUCCCUUGCAAGAGAUUAGGGACACCACAGCUGCCUUGAGGUGGGGCCUGGCUGAGAGACAAUGGCCCUGUCGGGUGGCAGGCUGUCAGGAAGGAGACUGCUAGAGGAGCCUGGGGCAGGGGGAAAACUGCACAUGGUCUGGCUUGCCUGGGCUCCCCUCCAGGGGAGCCCAGCAGAGGGCUUGUCCAGGAGAAUGGUCAGCACCAAAGGACUUUAAGAAGGUGUUUUUUUGCACAUGUGAGCUGACUGGAUGCAGGUGUUAUAUCCUGGUGACUUGCGGUCACAUUCAGCAACUUUCAAGGGCCAGUAUAUGGUAAAAAUAACUUAAAAUUGCCGUCCCUUUCAAUGCCUUAGUUUACUAGAUAGGCUCUAUCUUUUGCCAUUUCUGAAUUUUGUAUGCUGUUCCCAUUUCACUGGGUGUGAACUGUGAAAUGGGCUGAGUCCUGGCCAUUUUGUGAGUUCUUUUGGUUUUAUAAGGCAUUUCGAUGUAUAUUCUACUAACACUCCGUUUGCAAACAAUUUAAACUAAAGUGGUCUUCCUCGUGCAUCUUGCCCUCUUCCCCGGGUCCCCCCCCCCCCCCCCCCCCCCCCCCCCAGCUUCAAAGUUCUAUGGAGAAGCUGGAUGGCAAGACAGACAAAGGUAGACUUUUCCUGCUUCAUGAGUAGUGGCACAGGGAUCCAUGGCCCUCAGCCUUUCCCCUUCCAGUCCCGGCUGAGCUCUCAGCCACCUGCUUCCCACAUAACUGUGUCACUUCCAUUGCCAGGGAGCACCCUUACAUAGAGAGUGGAAUAUGCUGCAAACAUUUCUACAUCCUUGCCUUUUCUUUUUCCUCCUUAAAGAGAAUAAAAGGCCCAGAAGGGACUUGUUACAUAGGCUUUACAGCUUAAUUCCAGAUGUGCUUGCUGAGGACCGUGAGGCUGGGAGCUUGUCUCGUGGGGCCUGCUGGAGCUCCUGGGUCUCAGCACAGGGACAGUCAUUACUGUUGUGCACUGGGGGGCUCUGAAUUUUGCUUGGCAGAUGUGUGGACUGAGUGGUAGAGUAGCUGGUCCCCUGGAAAGGCAGCAGGCUCCGCUUUGCUGGGAAGCAACUCUUCAUCUCCAGUUGAAAACUUAGUAGAAUUUUUAAUGAAAACCCCAGGGUGGAGCCCUCUGCCAGGCAUAGCUAGCUGGGAGCACUGCAGGGGCUCAGCACUUGGAUUGCCAAGCAGGGAGGAGAGAUGGACACCGGUUGCGUGGCAGCCCACACACCCUGCCCUGGCUGCUGCUUAUCGCACCACUAUGGAAUCCUCUGCAGAAUGGUACUCAUAUGUAAUGGUUUAAAAUGACACGUGUGUCAUUGACUCUGUGCAGGAUGUCACUCAAUCAGUUUGGAUUUGCUUUAUUUUAUAUAUAUAUUUUUUGGUAUCCUGUACAUUGCAGUGGGUGUGAAGAUAGUAUUUUAAUAUUUGUACAAAGUUUAAUUUAAUUUUAAUUGUUCUAUGUAUAUAACUGCAUUUCUAAAUAAUAAAAAAAAUUUUCC